AUGCUACACUACUCGCCCUCCGGGACCUGGCUACCCUCCCGGGUGCCAGGUUCGACACUAGUCUUGUCCUGCCUCCUGAUGGCGUGCAGCAUCGUUCAAUCGACCACUGGUGGCUAUGACGGCUCCAUGCUGAAUGGCCUCAAGCUGACACGGUCCUUUAUCAGCAUCCUACCAGUCUAUACCGACUAUUUCAAUCUCAAUCCACAUACAAUCGGCCUCAAUACCGCAUCCGUCUUCAUAGGCGGUUUCUUGGGACCUCUUGUUUCAGGCGUGAUCGCUGAUCGAGUCGGCCGACGUCCAGCCAUCUUCUGGGGCUCCCUCAUCACCAUCGUCGGCAUUAUCCUGCAGGGCGCAGCGCAGAACAUCGCCAUGUUCGUCCUCGGCCGGAUCAUUCUCGGCUUAGGCUCCGCCAUCCAGGGGAUCGCCGCUGGCGUCUACCUCUCGGAGACCUUCCCCAGCCGCUGGCGCUCCUGGGGUGUCGGCCUCCUCAACGACUUCUACUAUGUAGGCGCCCUCAUCGCCGCAGGUGUGACCCUGGGGACGAGCACGUGGAACUCCACCUGGGCGUGGCGCUGCCCCUCCCUCCUGCAGGGCUUCUGGGCCGUGCUGUGCAUCGCCAUCCUGCCCUUCGUGCCGGAGAGCCCGCGCUGGUUGGUGCAUGAAGGCCACUAUGAGGAGGCGCGCAUCGUCGUGGCGCAGACGAACGCCAACGGUGACCCGUCCGACCCUGUCGUCAUGGCCGUCUACAAGGAGAUCAUCGACACGCUGACUUGGGAGAAGCAGGAGGGGCGCACCAUGUCGCCCAAGGAGAUCUUCAAGAGCCGGGUCGCGCGCAAACGGCUGUUGAUUGGCGCCUCUGCCGGCCCCUUCUCCUGUAUCGCCGGCAACAUCAUUGCCUCGUACUACCUCGGCGACGAGCUGGCCACCGCCGGCGUCACGGACUCCAACGAUCAGCUCAAAGCCAAUGUAGUGCUCAAUGUCUGGUGUCUGCUGUGCUCGCUCGUCGGGACGCAUCUCAUCACCCGCUGGGGCAGAAAACCCACCGCCAUCAUGACAGAGUGUUUGCUUGUGGCGUGUCUCUUCAUCAUCGGAGGAUUGGCCAAGGUGUACGCCGACAACCCGGACGGCGCCAGCCAGAGUCUGGUCUACGGCAACGUGGCAGUCAUGUUCCUGUUCCAGGGAUUUUACUCCAUGGCUUGGACGCCAUUGCUGUACCUCUACCCCGGGGAGGUACUGAACUACAGCAUUCGAGCCAACGGCGUGGCUUUCUCCAGUUUUUCGCUGAAUGCGUUGGCGGUCCUUCUUGUCUACGUCAUGCCCAUCGGCCUACACAACAUUGGCUGGAAGAUGUACAUGAUCAAUGGCUCAUGGGACAUCAUCGUCGUGGUCCUCAUCGCCGUCUACUGGGUCGAAACCAAAGGCAAGACACUCGAAGAAGUCGACGCCAUCUUCGAGGGCGAGGUACACUCCACGGUGACGGACGUCGAGAAGGUGCGGAAAGGGGAGGCGCAGCUGGACGUCAAGAAUGUGGAAAGCCAGCUCACGGCGGUGGUGGAAACUAGUAAGAUAGAGUAG